AAUUUAAACUCAUUAUCGAUCGGCUUCCUGAGCUACAAACGACCUUAGUGAAAGCAAAGUCCAGACAACUGGAGAGAGAGAGAGGGAGAGAGGAAGAAAGAGGGGGAGAGAGAGAGAGCUGGGAGAGCAGCAGACCACUGAGUAGAGCUCUGAUAGGGAGAGACGAAAAGAAACAAAAAAAAGGUUUUAAAAAUAUCAAGAGACUUUUCACUUUCCUUUGUGUAAUGUUUUAUGUUAGCUUUAGCCAUGAAGCUAAAAUGGGAUUAGGUCUAAUCCAAUCACAGAGAUACCUGGAGGUUAGAAUAACCUCCAGGUUAAAUGGUAAGAAUACAGUGUUUACCCUUCAGGUUCAUUUACCCACAGCACAGAUACAAAACCAUUCAGAUAAACAAUUUCUGCCUGACUCUGGAGAAAGGACAUGUGUCGCCUCCUGCUUCAAAUCUCCACUGAACUUCACUGUAUUUCCUGUAAAACUACAGCAUAAAGAAAAUGACCACUUGUAGCAAAUUCUCCACUAUGGGACAAAUACUAGAGUGUUGAUAUUAAAAACAACCACCCUCAGUUCAAACCUGAACCUCCUUCAACAUCUUUGUCCUGGGGGUGGUCACUGAUGUGACACUGUCCAUUUAUAUUUUGUCUCCUUAAUUUCUGUCCCCCUCCUAAAACUUUUCACAUGUCCCACCCAUGAGACGUCCCCCACACUUUGGGAAACACUGGCCUAGCCUGUGAAGACCGUACUCUGCAUCAUUACACUACACUGAUGGUGUAAAUGGUGUGUUCACCAACUUGGUGAUUUGUGAUUUUUGCUUGGUUUCCUACAUUCUAUCUCUGCUGAGGGGCUGUAAUGAAACUUGCCCCCCUGCCUGGUGUCAAGGACCCACAGUCCUACAGCCAGUUAAGAACCUUAUUUUGCUAAAACAUGUAGGAAAUACUCUGGAGGUAAAAAUAUAUGAAGUAUUUCUCGCUCGCUGGGAUAGUAAAAAAAAAAGUGUUGCUGGUUGAAAACCGGCUAUAGUGAAACAUCUACUCUGUGAUGGUGUCUUCCUACUGACGUGUGAGAUUUUACAUAGAACACUAGUUUGACACACUGCCCCUGGCCCCGCCCCCAAAAACACACACACACAUUAGUCCAGGCAGUUGACGCUAAUUGAGACUCUACCAGUUGUUUGCACUUAAUUAAUUUGACUGCUUGCAAUCGUUAGGCCCACUGCUGUGCGCAGGCAGAGAGGCAUUACAGAUAACAAGAUGCACAAAUAUGAAAGGGUUUUAAUAAUAAUAUAAAACACAUUUUAAGAUUUAAGCAAAAUAAAUGAAACUAAAUGAGUGGAAUUUAAUUAGUUAAUGCAAGAUUUAAAGAAACUGUCCUAUUAGAACAGAGAAACGUGAAGGAGGGAGCGCUCAUUAGAGAAAAGAAAAGCAGAAUGCUGUUGAAUCCUGUGAGGAACAGGAAAAGAGGCUCUGGGUUUGAUAGGCAGGUGCAGUGAUGGGUGAUGUCACACCUCGGCAGCCCAGCCCACACUGCAUCAUAAUAAUGUGGGGAGGAUCAGGGCCUCUGUUUCCUGUCAGUGCAGAAAGUUAAAAAGGUGACUGUUUUUUGACAGUUCUGAAUUCAACAGUUAAGAAUCUUUAGCUGAUCAUUGAGUAAUGCAGUGAAACAGGAACUGGCUGUGACUUUCAUUCACGGAAUUUUGUCAUCUCUGAUUUUCUUUCAGCCUAGACACACACACACACACACACACACUCCCCUGUGUGUUCCUUAUCAUUGUCUGUGUAGGAGGACAUGGAUGACCCUUGUUGACUGUGCACCUGUCCGCAGCUCUGACUCUCCAGGUUCAGUCUAUUAAUAACUCAUAUUUUGAAAUGUCAGAUCAGCUCAGGUUGGUGUGAUUAUUCCAUGUCUUGUGUCAUUGUCACCACACACAGGCCACCUGUUCCGGCAAAAUAAUUUUCCACUAAAUUCGAAAUAUUCUUCACUCUACAAAUAGGAUAUGCCGUGUCAGACGUACCCCAGGGGUCCAGUUCACUGGUCACUGCUGUGUUUGUGUAUUUUGACAGUACUAUUAGGUUGUACGUAUUUGUAUAUUAAUAAUAAUUUUCUACCAUUGUUGUUUCUACCUCUGACUCAGUCGGUUCAAAACGUUCAAGUCUUUCCUGUUCAGUUGUGUUUCUGACAGAUGAUACUUUAAUCUUCUUUGGACUCAUUGAAGUGCCUUUGAUGUGUACAGGCUGUCAUCUCACGCUGUUUUAAACCAAAGUGAAUAAGCCUGAUGAUUGAUGGGUUUUUUUAGAUUGUUUUCCAGUCUACAUGAUUACAGAGUGUGGUAUUCGGAGUACCUGGUAAGACUGUCAUACAGUGGGAGCACUGCAAUGACCAGCCACCAUCCCAGCCAUGCAGAGAGCGUUCAUUCCAAACAGCCGCCUGCCGUGGCCCCAAAGCUCCAUGUGCUUCGACCUCAGUCAAAGGAGAACAUCACCAUUCACUUCACCGCUUCUGGGAAGGGGGACGAGGAUGAAGGAGAGGAUGAGCUUGUUAUUACCACAGCCCCCACUACCUCAGCUGCUCAGGGUGACCCCAGUGUUGUGACAGCCCUUGAAGCCAGUGAGGAGAUGUUUGAAGAGGUGACACUUGACUCCGCAACCAAGGUUGCUUUUAUUCCUGAAACAUCCCGAGUUCCUCCCACAACUGGGUUAGAAACGUCCAGGUCUCCUGAAAAAGUGACAUCAUCGCACACUGCUGAACAGAAAGGUUCAAUUCCCAACUCACCUCCAUCUAAAUCUCUUAGCUUUCCAUCAACAGAAAAACUCUUUCCAAGUUUGGCCAAGUCUUGGUCCUCUGACGUUGAGUCUCGUGAUCACAUCUUCUCUGUUCCACCAGUAAGGCAUAGACCUCAAAUGAAGACUCUUGUCAAGUCCUUGUCCUCGGACACCUCCCAGGACACGUCCUCGACGUCCACACCCCCCCGUGUUCCAGAGUCUCGUCUCACCUUGCAACUUUUCAAGCAAUUCACACAGUCUCGGUUGCCGUCUGCACCCGCAGCGUCUACAGCCACAACUUCUGCAAGUGACUCUAAGACAGCCCCCUCCUCACCCAUAACAUCCACAGACAACCGCAGCUUCUUCAGGGUCUCAGAUGUUGAGCUGCUGAGUAAGAUCAUGGAUGAAAAGAGCGGCAGCUUGGUUGGUGGAUCCCUAUACCGACCAAAGGUCCUUUCUGUCAGCACCUCAGAACUCUCCAACAUCAGUGAAGUCAACGGGCAGUUGGAGAGCAACAACAACAACUACUGCAUCAAAGAGGAAGAAGGAGGCGACCUGGAGGACGACAGCCUGGCCACCGGUGCCUCUGGUCCAGCUGAACCUCCAACCACUGUUGACACUAAAAGUCCAACUAAACAACCUUCACUUUCCAAGUCUUUGGAAACUUGCUCCAUGUCUGCUCUUGCUAAACAGGAAGAUGAGGACUUCUGCAUCCUCCACACUGAGGACUUUGAGACAGAGGACGACGCAACCUACGACUCAGGAACUGAGAGUCAAACUAAAGUGCCACUGAGUGCCUGUAGUGAACCGAUCACUGAAGAUGAAUCAGAAACGGUUGUGUCAGGACCGAGUGUUCCUCAUUACACUCUGAUCCUCCUCACUGUGCUGGUCUAUGGUUACUUUGUGUUGCCUUUGCCCAGUUAUAUCGGAGGAUUGCUGUUUGGAAUUGGACUUGGAUUCUUUUUAGCUAUUGGUGUUGUGUGGCUCACGGGACCAAAACCUUCUGGUGGAUUCAGGUUUUCCAGACACAAUGGGAAGCCUUGGAAUCUGAGCAGGUUGGACAUUAAGGAGCCGGAAAUUUUCAAGGGUUGGAUGAACGAAAUAUCACAUUACGACCCAGAGACGUACCACGCCACACUGACACAUUCCGUGUACGUACGGUUGGAGGGCUCCAUAAUUCGUCUGUCCAAACCCAACCACAACAUUGCCCGCCGUGCCUCACACAAUGAACCCAAACCAGAUGUCAGCUACAUUAGUCAGAAGAUCUACGACCUCACCAACAGCAAAGUGUUCCUAAUGCCUCAGAGUUUGGCCCGAAAGCGAAUAUGGAACAAAAAAUACCCAGUCUGCAUCAAGCUUGACAAACAGGAUGACUUUAUUUCCAAAGCUGAGGGCGACAGGUCUGAAACCCACGACAACACAGGCACCAAGGAGAGAGGAGAAGGCGGUGGUGGAGUUCAGGAACGUGGAUCUUCAUCUGCCUCCAGUAAAGACCUGACUCUUUAUCUGUUUGGAAGGACGGGCAGAGAGAAGGAGGAGUGGUUCCAGCGUUUUCUUUUAGCCUCCAGACUCAAGGCGGACCUGAAGAAAAGUUCAAGUGUUGUUGGAAACAAGACCGCUCCCAAAUCACACAGUCGCAGCAGCAGCCGCAGCAGCCUGGACGAAGCACUGGCCUGUCAGCCCAAACUGAAGGACUCGACCGGCUCUUCAGGAGCGAGACCCAAGCCCUGGUUGGACUACGAGGUCUACAUGUCCACUCUACUGCCAGAACAGCCAAUAGUCAGCCCUUCAGUGACCAGCCCGGUUCUCCUGAGUCCACAGAGCAGUCCAGGAGCGGACAAAAAACUUCAGAACAGCCCUCCAGCGUCAGAGCAGCCCAGAGGUGAGGAGGAGGCUGUUGCCUGGAUGAAUGCUGCUCUUGGUCGGGUCUUCUGGGACUUCCUGUGUGAACCCUACUGGGCAGAAGUAGUCUCCAAAAAGAUACAGAUGAAGCUCAGUAAGAUACGGUUGCCUUACUUCAUGAACGAGUUGACCCUGACAGAACUGGACAUGGGCUCAGCCACGCCCAGAAUCUUGGGGGCGUCCAAGCCAUCUAUCGACUACAGAGGCCUGUGGUUUGAUCUGGACGUGUCCUACAGCGGCUCCUUCCUGAUGACCCUGGAGACCAAGAUGAACCUGAUUCGCCUGGGUAGGGAGGGAGAAGGCCUGCGAGUAGGAGAAUAUGGCAAAGAUGGGUACAGACCUCGGACCUACUGUCUGGCUGACAGUGAUGAAGAGUCGUCCAGCGCCGGCUCUUCAGAUGAGGAAGAUUCAUCAGAGUUGUCCAAUGACUCGGCCGGAGCAGAGGGAUUUGUGGGUGGCCACAAGCCCAGCAAGAUCAUGCGCUUCGUGGACAAGAUCACCAAGUCCAAGUACUUCCAGAAGGCCACAGAGACGGAGUUCAUCAAGAAGAAGAUGGAGGAGGUGUCCAACACCCCGCUGCUCCUCACCGUGGAACUGCAGGAGCUGCAGGGAACACUGGCCGUCAACAUUCCCCCUCCACCCACGGACAGAAUCUGGUACGGCUUCAGGACACCACCUCAUCUGGAACUAAAGGCUCGGCCCAAACUGGGAGAGAGAGAGGUGACGCUGGCUCAUGUCACCGACUGGAUCGAGAAGAAACUGGACCAAGAAUUCCAGAAAGUCUUUGUGAUGCCAAACAUGGAUGACAUCUGGUUGACCAUCAUGCACUCUGCCAUGGACUCACGUACAGCCACUGGACCUACAGCUCCAUCGGUGGACACACAGUGGUCUCCGCCCCAGAGCGACAGCCACCCCUGAGGAUUGUUUACAGUAUUUUCACUCACAUUAUGAAGGUCUGGGAAAAUAGGAAGUGGAGCCAUUGGCUGUGGGUCAGAGUGUGACCUGCUUACAGAGAGGGGAGGGGGUAGAGAAGAGGAAGGAGACACUUUAGGACGCACACUGUCGCUGACUGCUGCUCUGUUCAGAAGUAUUUAUGUUGGGAGAGAUAAGACGGACGUUUGUCCUUUAAGGACAGUCAUUAGAGUCCGUAAUGAUUUAAAGGUUAGUGGAGAUGUGGGUUUGGUGUAGGAGCAUUCACCUGAUACCUUGCAGCCUGGUUCUACUCAGGCUUAGACUUAAACUCUAUAGAGAUGAAGCACAGAGAUUAUUGUGGAUUAUCAGAUGAGUCAUGGAUUAGAGUUAGUGUGAUGAAGAGGAAGUUGAGAUGGGAAGUUUUGAUAAUUUGUGCUAAAGGACGUCCUGAUCCUGGUCCAAAGAAUUGGCUCAGAGAUUUAAACUCAUAACCGAUCCAAAACACAGCUACUAAGCUGACUCACUGUUUGUGGAGUAGGUACAGAUGUGUUACUGAUACUGCCACACUAGCAGCUAAACACAGCCAGGGUUCUGUAACCUACUAAAAAACACAAGAGAUUUUCUGCUCUUCUUUGUUGUCACAUGAGAUUAAUCCAAGCACAAAAACUACUACUUUAACUUUUAACCAGAACUAAGUAAUCCUGUUUAAAAUCCGGGGCUAAUUGUUAAAGGUCAAACACACGUACGUACGUACGUUGGCCCAGUGUGAAAGGGGACUGCAACAAAACAGACCAUUUUGUGCGGAGAAAUACACCGAAAGAUCUGAAAUUGGUUCAGUCUGAGGUUCUGAGUUGAAGUUAAAGAACUGACACGAUAUUUUAGUUUAUUUUUGUUGAAAAAGAUGCCGAUCCUCUACCAAUCAAUGCCUCUGUGCCUGCGCAGAAGGAAUGUGCUGCUGCUGUACAUUUUUGCAUAAGUUGUAGUGACAAAAACUGCAACAUCUACAACAUCAGGAACAGGUAGUAAAAAAUCCUUUUUAAAAAAUCGGUUUGACUGUAACUGAAGGCUGAAGGAGAACCAAAGAGAGCCUAAUUCUCAGUUGAGUUCAGGACUUGGAUCUGACCCAGGAUCAGGACUUCCUCUGUUGAUUCACUGUGAGAUGGAACCCUGAAGUGGUUCGUUGUGGGGUUUCCAUUCAGGUUCUACCCAACAGUAUUUUUCUGUGCUGCGAUUACAUUUGACAAAUCUCCUUGUUUUGAUUCAUCUUUGAAAAUGACACAACAUAAGAUGAUAUGUUGAAGUGCAAUGAUAGAGAGCUGCUCAGUCUUCAGUACGACAUUUGCACUAGUGUUAAAUGAAGAGUUAACGUCAGGAAUCUCUGACACCUCGAAUGAAUGUUUAAACACAUUUUAUUUUUGCCUUCUUUGGUUACAAUUACACAGUAACUUACUGAGUGGGGGAUGGAAAUGAUUGCACAAAUACAAUGGUUUUUUUAUUUUUCAGAUUAUAGAUAUUCUAUUCAUCACAGCAGGUAAACCUGUGGUACAGACUCAAAAACCUAUGGUCCUCUUGCACAGGCACAGAGGCAUUAUGCAACAGUCCUGGUUUCAGAUUUGUACUUUAGACCAGUUUCCCCAUGCCAACAUAUGAAUUAACAUACUGUGACUGUCUUUACACAUGGACCAAAAAUGGACCAAAAAGAGAUGAGGACUAAAUGGUUGAGCUGCUCACAUGUGGCCAUGCUACAGGUUUUUUCUGUUUCCGUUCUUGUUUACUCUUGUCUUGCAGAAGAAACAAACGUGGUACUCUGGUAAGGGCUAAUGGCUGUGUAAGCUAGCAUUAGCCUUACUCGCUAAUGAAACAGUUAACUAUUGUAGUACAACAGAAACGGUGUAGCGUUGCAGAGCCCUAACUUGUCACCAGCAACAUGUUGAAGUGAGUGGCGCUGUUAUGUCAUUAAAUACAGGCCUCUCUGAUUGGCUGACAUUGUAGUGCAUUCAUUCUGCAGUAGUUUGACCUUUUUAAUCCCAGUCAUCCUGUGGAAAAAUACAUCUUUGUCAUUUGAACGACAUCAGACUGGCAGUGGUUAUCUUAUACUUACACCUGCAUUAAUAUUUAGACCUUUGUCCGACAUUCCUACCGUGUUUGGCUGAGACCAGAUUAUGAAGGACAUUUAUUCCCAUUAAAGUCACCUUUUUACCACUACUGGUCCUCUUACUGUAGUUCAGACAGCUUUUGUUUUUUCUUUUUUUUUCUUCAUUUGCGGUAGAAUAAAUAACUACACUAACUAUAAUAAAUAUGUUUAUUAACCAAGUCCAACCAAGUUUGUUUUUUGAUUGGUUAAUGUUCAGGUGAAAGUCUGCUGUUAGUGGCUGCGUCCAUUUCAAUAAUGUUGCCUAUGUUUCUGAUGUGACAUCGAUUCAUUAAGUUGUUGAAGAACCAGGAGGUUUAUGGAUCGACUCAUCAAGAAGGUCAACGUGACUCACAGUGAACUCUUUUUUUAAUUGUAUUUCUUUUUCUAACACAUCAGUGCUUCGCCUGCUGCCAUACUGUACGCAGACUGUCACGUAAUGUAGUACACAGUACAUGGGUGAAGAUACUGAACACUAAAUAGUCUGUAACAGAGCAACUGUUGCCAAGAAUGUAAAAGUUAAUGAACAGGUUCCUCUUCAGACUCCCACCUUUUUAUUCCUGUUUCUAAUCCUGACCAAAGUCAACCAAGUCUGCAGUCUUGUCUGUUCUCGAAGGUACACAUUCUGUUAUGUUAAUAUUACACAUCAGACAAUGCUAAAAAAACAUUCUACUGUUUGAUAUUGAAAUGUUUCACAUUAGUUUACAGUCAUUCAUUUCCUCUAAUUUGCUUUCAGCGCUGUCAUCUUAACUGGAACGUUUUGUUUUUGAAACCGUUAUCUUUUCGUUGACAUGUUUUCCAUGUUGUGAAGCUUUUGUUUGAAAACUUGUGAGAUCGGCUCUGAUUUUUGUGAUUCUUUUUUUUCCCCUUUGAAUGGAAUGAUGUAUUUUUAAGGUGAAAUGAAGGUUAUGUUGUGAUUUGUAUCUGUGACAAAAAAAGUUAGUUUGAGGCCAAAUUCAGUGAUUACGUGUAACUGCCUUAUUUAUACACGAAUAAAGUCAAUAAAAAAUUCAA